GAGGACAAGGUUGUCCAGUCCACUGGUAUGCGUAAUGCCUCCGAACCCGCAUAUUCACACUUCAAACCCCUUUUUGAAGAUGGUGAUGCAAAGCCAAACCUGCAAUCAGUCCUAGAUAAGAAGAUUCUUGAGAUCAACCAUUCUACUUUUUUUACUAUCCACCCGACCUUGCUCUCUUGCAGCCUUCAAAGCAGCCUAACAUCUAAUGGAUCUCUUCUCCUCUGUACGGAGCUAGAGAAUCGUUUAGGAUGCUUGCAAAAUUCGGGCCAAUGUAGCUCCAAUAGUGCUGCCGAGUGUGGGCCAGCCGCUCGCAUUGUCACUCAAAGUCCCAAAGACACAAGGUCAGCAGGUCGAUCUAAGCGAGAAUGCCCUGAUACAGGCGCUGGUGGUACAAGGGCGGAAGAUGGGCAGUUGAUCGCGUUUUCUACCAGUAAGUUAAAUUAA